AGUCGAUGGUGAGCUAAAUAUUCUGUUAGUCAAUUCAUCGAUCAAAUCAAUUUAAAAAGUUAAUCUAUACAAAGACAACAUUUCAAACGUCAAAAAUUCAAAACAAAAACAAAGUACCUAUUGUGUGUCAAUAUUAUUUAUUUGAAAACGGAAUUGAGAGCGAGAAACUUUGCAAGUGGAUACCCAAAUACAGUUUUAUUGAAAAUAAUAAAAAUAAAAAAAAAUAAAAAUGACUCUUUCGAAGGUUUUAGCAACAUAUUCAAAAGAUUCUGGAAAUUCUGUUUAUGUACAGAGCUAUGAAUCUCCUGUCGGCAAAGCUAUCGCAGCAGCUGACGAAGAUUUUUUAUACGCAGUAACUUUUGAGAAUUCUAAAAACUUUGAAAAAUGUUUCGAAACACUUGCUAAAGAACUUUCAUGCAGUUUUAUCGAAAGUGAGAACAAAAUAUUGAAGAGAUUUGGAAAAGAACUAUCUGACUACUUUGAAGGUAAACUAAAAAAGUUCACAGUGCCUACUAAAAUGAUUGGUUCAGAGUUUCAGAAGAUUGUAUGGGAGAAAUUAAUGGAACUGCCAUAUGGAUCAACACAAACUUAUGGUGAUUUAGCAAAAGAUUUGGGCCGUCCCUCAAGCCAUUCCAGGGCCAUCGGAGCAGCCUGUGGUGCAAACUCUUUACUAAUAGUAGUGCCGUGUCACAGACUUGUAGCUUCAGGAUCCAAAGGAGGAUAUAAUAGUGGAGUGGAUCGCAAAGAUAAACUCAUUGAAUUAGAAAAGACAUUUUCUUGAAUUAUUAUAUUUUAAGUUUUUACUUAAAAGAUAUUAAACUACCUCAAAGAAUGUCUACGAUUAAAAAAUGAUGGAAAUGUAAUGACUUUAAUAUGUUGAACUUGAAAAAAUUUGCUAUCUUAAAAAAAAUUGCACCUACUUUACAAUAAUAUUUAGAUAAGCACACAACUGCAGGAAGGCAAAAUAGUUAAAUGCUUAGGCAUAUGGACAAUUACAAAGCAGUUGCGAGAACUGGCAACCUAUGACAUAAUAAUAUGCAACUUCAUUUCUGUAUAUAUCUUUCUCUAUACUAAUCUUAUAAAUGGUCUGUCUGUCUGUAUGUUUGUCUUUCUUUCACGACGAAUUGACGUGAUUUUUAAGUGGAGAUAGUUGAAGGUAUGGAAAGUAACAUGAGAGGCUACUUUUUGCCCCUUUCCAACACCCCACUUCCCUAAAAUGGGGGGUGGAAGUUUGUAUGGAGCACUCUGCAAUUUUCAAGGUAGGAAGCUAAAAAUUAGUAUGCUCACUACCGAACAAAUCACCUGUAUUUUUUAUUAAAUCUGCACUCAACCCCUUAAGAGGGGGUGAAAUUUUAUAUUCUUAGUUUUCAAAGCAGGAAGCUAAAAUCGGCACAUAUACUAUUUGUUAAUAACGAAAAUACCUGCCAUUUUUUUAAAAUUCUCUCCCAGAUAAAGGAGAAAAUAAAGGAUGGAAAUGUGUGUGAGACUCCGCAAAAUUAGUACAGGUUCUAACUACAAUUUUGCAAUGACUAUUAACAAAGCGCAAGGAUAAACAUUAAAGGUGCUGGGGCGAACUUAGACAAGCCGUGCUAUUCAAAUAGACAGCUGUAUGUAGCAUGUUCGCGUGUGUCCAAGUCCCAGAACCUUUUUAUUAUGAUGCCAAAUAGAAAGCCAUAUGAUACAGUGUAUAGUAGUGUGUUAAAAUAAAAUAAAUAACGUGUAAAAUUCUGUUCUGAGUGCUCUUUUGUGUAUAAGAAAGGCAACCGUGCUGCCCCGAAUUUAACGCGAGUGAAGCCGUGGGCAAAAGCUAUUUUGUCAUAUUAUGAUUAAUAUGACAAAAUAGCUUUUGCCCGCGGCUAUUAUAUUAAUAAUAAGUGUUAUAACUGAUUGUUUUUAUUGUAAGUGUUAUCAACACAUCAAGUACAAAAUAUGUACCUAUAAAGUGUUUCAAUACAUACUAAAAACGUUACCUACAUUUGUUUUUAUUAAAACCUAUAGUGAUACUCGCCAAGAUUUGGAUAAAGUGUAUACUUGACCUGCAAUAAUAAUAAUCAUAACAAAGUGC